AUGAAGAACCAGGUCGACUAUUCGCUGUACCUCGUGACUGACUCGACGGAAGCCAUACUGGGUUCACGAGAUCUCGUUGAAGUUGUUGAGCAGGCUUUGCUUGGAGGCGUGACAAUCGUUCAGUAUCGCGACAAGUCAAGUGACACGGGCGCCCUCAUCUCAACAGCAAAGAGACUGCACGAAAAAUGCAAACAACACAAUAUCCCCCUCCUAAUCAACGACCGUGUCGACGUUGCCCUCGCCGUGGGAUGCGAGGGUGUGCAUCUUGGACAAGAUGAUAUGAACAUUGUCGAGGCGCGCAAGAUCCUGGGAGACGACAAGAUCAUCGGCGCGACAGUGUCUUCUCUGGACGAAUCUAGGAUAGCCGUUGAGCGAGGAGCAGACUACCUAGGCAUCGGAACACUCUACGCCACCAACACGAAGAAGAACAUCAAAGACAUCAUCGGCGUGAACGGCAUCCGUAAGAUCCUGCGCUUUCUCGAUGCCGGCGAUGAUGCUUCCCAGAAAAUCAAAACGGUGUGCAUAGGUGGUGUCAACGCAUCCAACCUCCAACGUGUAGUGCACCAGCUGUGCGCUCCACGCCCCAACACGCCAAAGCCAAAGACCAUCGAUGGCGUUGCCGUAGUCUCCGCAAUCGUAGGCUCCCCAGACCCCAAAACCGCAUCAGCAAACCUGCAGCGCCUUCUCGCUUCCCCACCCCCCUUCAAGGCCACUUCCUCCGAGCCGCACUUCUGGUUCGAAAAAGAAGAAGAUGAAAUCAAAGCUCUCAUGACCGCAUCCACGAAAGCGACCAAACGCGUCCACGAAAAGAGCCCCCUCUCCCACAACAUGACCAACCUCGUAGUCCAGAACUUCGCCGCGAACGUCGCCCUCGCCAUCGGCGCCUCCCCCAUCAUGGCAAACUACGGCGACGAGGCAAUCGACCUGUCGAAACUCGGUGGCGGCCUCGUAGUAAACAUGGGCACCGUGACUCCAGACGGUCUCUCAAACUACGCAAAGGCAAUCACAGCGUACAACGCCGCCGGCGGACCCAUAGUGUUCGACCCCGUAGGCGCGGGCGCAACAGCCAUCCGCAGAGAAGCAACCUCCUUCCUGAUGCGGAGCGGCUACUUCGACUUGAUCAAAGGCAACGAGCGAGAAAUCCUAGCCGUUGCCCGCGCGUCAGGCUUCACGCUGCACGACAACUCGCAGCAACGCGGCGUCGACAGCGGCGACUCACUCUUUUCACUCGAGCAGAGGGCGUACAUUGUCUCCUCCCUCGCCGCCCGCGAGCGCAACGUCGUCCUCAUGACGGGCGCGACAGAUGUCAUCAGCGACGGCACACGCAUGUAUGCCAUUUCCAACGGCCACAAGUAUCUCGGCCUCAUCACUGGUAGCGGCUGCACGCUCGGCACCACGCUGUCCGCGUACCUGGCCGCCAAUCCAGAGGAUAAGCUGCAUGCUGCUGUGGCGGGUAUCCUGCAUUUUGAGAUCGCGGCGCAACAUGCGGCGACACGUGACGAUGUAAAGGGUCCAGGGACGUUUGUGCCCGCGUUUCUCGACGAGCUGUAUAGUCGGGGGUUGGAGAUUGUCGAAGACAGGGGUGACUGGACGGCGUUGCAAAAGAUCGAGUGCAUAAAGAACAUCCCUGAUGCGAAACUGCUCGAGGAGAUACCAUAA